GGGGACUUCAAAAUUUCUGUUGAAGCUAUUAAAUUUGGAAUUGGGUGAGCUCUCUCUGUUCUUCUCUGCCCCUCCUUCCUUCCAUCACCGGGCGUCUAUCUUCAGAAGAUUCUUGAUUUUGUAAAGCCUCCUUUUGUCGAACCUUGCCUGCUGUUUUUCUACGCGAUGAUCAAUUGCGUUUGUUUCAUAAGAUGCUAAAAAAUUCUCUCUUGCUUUUUUCCUUAAAUUUUUCUUCUAUGAAUUUGAUUGAUGGGUUGUAGACCCAGUUUCUUUUGUUGUUUCUUGUGUUGAGGAUGAUGAUGUAGUUCCUGUAACAUCAAUUUGAGCUGAGGAAAAUGGGAGGAGGAAAGGACAACUAUAACGAAGAGUCUAGCGACAGAGGUCUGUUUUCAAAUCUUGCUGGAUAUGCUGCUGGACACUAUGGACACUAUCCACCAGCCCCUGGGGCAUACCCUCCAUCAGGAUAUCCUCCACAGGGUUAUCCUCCACAGGGCUACUCACCAGCAGGUCCGCCAGGGGGUUAUCCACCUGGUGGAUAUCCUCCCACAGGUGGAUAUCCACCAGCUGGGUAUCCUCCUGCAGGGGGAUAUCCACCAGCUGGGUAUCCUCCCCCUGGUGGAUAUCCACCAACCAGUUAUCCUACUCCAUCAGCUCCUCCAUAUAGUUCAGGGCAUCGGCCUAACAUGGGAGCAAUUUUAGCUGGGGGUGCUGCUGCUGCAGCUGCGGCUUAUGGUGCUCACCACUUGUCACAUGGCGCCCAUCAUCUUACACCUGGGGGAUUCUAUGGCCAUGGUCAUGGGAAGUUCAAGCAUGGCAAGUUUAAGCAUGGGAAGUUUGGCAAGCGCUGGAAGCAUGGUGGGAAGUUCAUGAGGUUCAAGAAAUGGAAGUGAUCCCAUCUGUGCUUCUUGAUUUCUUAUGGAUUAGAACCGAGUUUCACGCAAUACUGACAGUCGAGAGGACUAUAAUGUCUUCUUUUCUCAGAUAAUCUUUUAUGCAAUUUCAGUGUUACUAUGGCAAUUUAGCUAAUCUUUUAUGCAAUUUCCGUGUUACAACUCUGGCAAUCUUAUAGGAUAAUAGCAGUGGGAUGUUAUCGUGUGCAUGAAUGUAUUGACCAUGUUCAAAAAGAUGUUAAAUAUAAAUUCAUUUAUCCUUUUAUGCA